AUGGUUGUUGGAAGGAAUAAUGAUGCGUUUGCGGCGACAUUGACCCUGUUGGCUGGUGUCAUUCUGCAAAUGAAUGUUGGUGAUCAGGAGCGUGAUGCUGAUGAGUUCCGUGCUUUGGGGAAGUUCCAGAGGAACAAUCCUCCAAAUUUUGAAGGAGCUCAUGAACCUGACAAAGCUCAAGAGUGGUUGAAGAGGUUUGAAGAGGAUGGCAUUGAAGUGGCUUGGGCACUUUUCCGUGAUGCUUUUCUGGAGAAGUAUUUUCUAGAAGAUGUUCGUGGAAAGAAGGAAAUUGAAUUCCUUGAGUUGAAGCAAGGUAAUGGUACCGUAGCUGAGUAUGCUGCAAAGUUUGAGGAGUUGAUCAAAUUUUGUCCCCAUUACAAUACUGCUAAUGCUGAGAGAUCCAAGUGUCUUAAGUUUGUGAAUGGCUUGAGACCUGAUAUCAAGAAGGCAAUGGGUUACCAACAGAUUACGAGAUUUUCUGAGUUGGUUAACAAGAGUAGGAUCUAUGAUGAGGAUAGUCGUGAGAGUGUUGCUCAUUACAAGUCCUUGCAUGAUAAGAAAGGAAAAGGGCAAUUCUGA